AUGGCGUCCUCACGCAUUUUCAUCAAGGGCCUGCCUCCAACCCUGUCAGAGGAUGAGUUCAAGAAGCACUUCUCGAAGCAAUAUGCAAUCACCGACGCGAAGCUUAUGCCCCACCGCAGGAUUGGAUACGUCGGGUAUAGAACCCCAGAAGAGGCGGCGAAAGCGGUCAAAUACUUCAACAAGUCGUUCAUACGCAUGGCCAAGAUCGGCGUGGAGUUGGCUCGUUCGGUUGCCGAUGAACAUCUUGCAAGACCCCAAAACCAUACUACGCGCGGCCAAGCUGCGGAGGAGGCUCGCAGCAAUGCCAAUACGCAGUCUGUACAGGCCAGCGCCAACCCGUUGAAGCGCAAGAGGAGCGAGUCGAAGGACGGGUCGGCGGAUGCGAAGCUCCAGGAAUAUCUGGAGGUCAUGCAGCCGCCAUCCAAGUCUAAGACAUGGGCAAAUGAAGACGGCAUGAGGCCUGCUGCAGAGACGUCGCUCGAUGUGGAGACCCCGCAGGCCGUCGUAGUCGAUGAAGUUGAGAGCGAUACAGAGUACCAGGUCGUCUCUAAGAGGUCGAAGCGAGUGGAUGCGCCUGCAGAGCCUUCCCCUGCCCGAGAUAUUCGGAAAAUUAGCGAGGGUCCUAUGGCUGAUGAAGCGGCCCCUAUGGAGGACCAAGCGACACAUGGAGUGCCGCCAGCUGUUGCUGGCGAAGAAAGCCGUGGAGCCACUAUGACGCAUGAUGCAGUGUCCGAUGCAGAUUGGCUGCGGUCCAGAACGAGCAGGCUGCUUGGUCUGGCGGAAGCUGAAGCAGAAGACGGCGAGGGCUCAUCAAAACCCAUAAAUCAGGAACCUGUCAGUGCCAAUUUGGCUAUGGAAGAGUCGCCUCCGGCAAUGCCAUCGGAAGUCCGCGAAGAGAAUAGCGAUGACGUGGCGGAUCAUAGCGGGAUGGACAGGAAACAUCAGGAUGAUGGUCCUGCAGCAGUUCGUUCGACCGGCCGGUUGUUCCUUCGAAACCUGCCGUACAGCGUUACCGAGGCCGACUUGCGCGUACAUUUCAUGCCUUUUGGAGAUUUGGAAGAGGUGCAUGUCCCUCUCAAUCCAGCCUCCGGCACUGCAAAAGGAUUUGCCUACGUACAGUUCCACAAACCCGAGGAUGCUAUUGAGGCACUCAAGCAAAUGGACGGCAAGAUCUUCCAGGGACGUCUUCUCCAUAUUCUAUAUGCGGCAGCCAAGCGAGAAACGAAACUUGACGAAUAUGCAAUCUCGAAGCUGCCGCUCAAGAAACAGAAGCAGAUACAGCGAAAGAGCGGGGCCGCAUCAUCCACCUUUAAUUGGAACGCACUGUACAUGAGUACCGACGCCGUCAUGUCAUCAAUAUCCGACCGCCUUGGGGUGAGCAAGUCUGAGCUGCUGGAUCCAACUUCAUCCAAUGCGGCGGUCAAGCAAGCACAUGCAGAAACGCACAUUAUUCAGGAAACAAAAUCGUACUUCGCGCAGAAUGGAGUGGACUUGGAUUCCUUCAAGAAGCGAGAGAGAGGCGACACUGCCAUUCUUAUAAAGAAUUUCCCCUACGGUACUGAGGCUGAGGAGUUGAGGAAAAUGCUCGAGGAGCACGGUCAGGUCCGGAGAUUACUAAUGCCACCUUCCGGCACUAUCGCAAUAGUGGAGUUUGCUCAGGCAAAUCAAGCACGUUCGGCGUUCAGCGCGUGUGCUUACCGCAAGAUGAAAGACUCCAUUCUCUUUCUGGAAAGGGCACCAAAAGAUCUCUUUACGGGCAACACCGCUUCCACCGCAAAAUCAACGACUGCCUCUGCCAUCGUCACUUCCGCGCCCAAGCUCUCCACUAGCGAACUCCUGCAGGGUGAUACUACUGACGGGAUCGUUGACACUACAACGCUUUUCGUCAGAAACCUCAACUUCUCCACCACAACCGAGCGCCUGACCAACGCUUUCAAACCGCUGGACGGGUUCUUGUCUGCGAGGGUCAAAACCAAGCAAGACCCGAAGAAGCCCGGGCAGACGCUCAGCAUGGGUUUUGGAUUCCUCGAGUUCCGCACGAAAGCCCAAGCCCAAGCAGCGCUCGCAGCGAUGGAUGGUUACAGUUUAGAGGGCCACAAGCUACUGAUCAAGGCUUCACACAAAGGCCUAGAUGCUGCAGAAGAACGUCGUAAAGAGGACAGAGCUAAGAGGGCAGCUGCGAGAACCACCAAGAUUAUCAUCAAGAAUCUGCCUUUCGAGACUACGAAGAAAGACGUUAGGGCGUUAUUCAGUCCUUACGGUCAACUUCGAUCCGUUCGAGUGCCGAAGAAAUUUGACAGCUCCGCCAGAGGAUUUGCCUUCGCCGACUUUGCUACGCCUCGGGAAGCCGAGAAUGCCAUGGACGCACUGAGCAACACCCAUUUGCUCGGCCGCAAGCUCGUCCUCGAAUAUGCUGCUGCUGAUCCGGAAGACGCGGAAGCAGAGCUUGAGAAAAUGCAGCAGAAAGCCGGCUCACAAGUCAACAAGAUGGCCCUGCAGAAGCUUACCGGUGCGGGUCGUAAGAAAUUCAACGCCUCAGCCGCCGAGGAGCUGGAUCAACCUUGA